AUGCCUACCUCCCCUAGACCAUUGAUGGGGAGGGACUUACUAGAAACAUUGGAAGUAGAAAUUAAGUUUAAAAAGGGAAAGGGUGUACAAGUUAUAAUACCUGAAUCUAAACUUAUUGAAGUUGCUGCACUUUUUGUGCAGGAAAGACAUAAUGAAAUCCCCGCUGAAGUUGAGAAGGAGGUAAAUCCAAUAGUGUGGGCUGGUGAUAUCCCAGGAAGAUCCAAACGUGCAGAACCAGUGAUCGUUACACUCAAACCAGGAGCUACACCAGUAAGGCAAAAGCAAUACCCUUUGAAAUUAGAGACCCGUAAAGGACUAAUGCCUAUAAUUGAAAAAUUCUUAGAACAUGGUUUAUUAGUGCAAUGUGAGUCAAAAUUUAAUACUCCCAUUUUAGCUAUUAGGAAAGCUGAUGGUAAGAGUUACCGAUUAGUACAAGAUCUAAGAGCGAUUAAUAAGAUUACAGAGGACAUACACCCAGUAGUAGCCAAUCCCUAUACUCUUUUGACUGCGCUGACAGACGAGUUAGGGUGGUUUACUGUGGUGGACCUGAAGGAUGCCUUUUUUUGCAUUCCUGUGCAUAAAAACAGCCAAGAGCUUUUUGCUUUUGAGUGGGAAAACCCUCAGACAGGGAGAAAAAGUCAGCUUACCUGGUCAGUGCUACCACAGGGUUUUAAGUCCUCGCCGACUCUAUUUGGAAAUCAGCUAGCAAAGGAAUUAGAGGACUGGAAAAGACAGGAGCCAAAAGCAGUUAUUCUACAGUAUGUAGACGACAUCUUGAUUGCCGCCGGAACCAGAGAGGACUGUAUACAACUUACUGUAAGUUUAUUAAAUUUUUUGGGACUGAGUGGGUAUAGAGUUUCAAAAGACAAAGCACAGAUUGCUAAAGAAACGGUAGUUUAUUUGGGGCUUGAGAUUUUUCGUGGACAUCGUCAGCUCAGCAAAGAACGGAAAGAAGCCAUCUGUCGACUCCCAGAGCCCCACACUACAAGGGAAAUGCAAGCCUUCCUGGGAAUGGUAGGUUGGUGUCGGUUGUGGAUAGCAAACUAUGGGCUGCUGGUAAAACCCUUAUAUGAAGCCUUAAAGGAUGCUGAGAGAGGGAUUAUUAUAUGGACUGAAAAAAGCAGAGCAGCUUUUAAACAGCUGAAGCACUCUCUGAUGUCAGCUCCGGCGCUGGGUCUGCCAGACUUAACUAAACCUUUCGAACUGUUUACAUAUGAAAGACUGAAUAUGGCUUUGGGGGUACUAGCACAGCGGCUUGGGAACCAACGGAGGGCUGUGGCCUACUUCUCUAAACAGCUAGACCAUGUUGCCCAAGGCUGGCCAGGGUGUCUGAAGGCUGUGGCAGCCACUGUCAUCCUGAUUCAAGAAGCCCGAAAGCUCACCCUUGGGCAACACAUUGUGGUGUAUGUACCCCAUGCUGUAGAAGCUGUACUUGAGCAAAAGGGGGUACAUUGGUUAUCUGGUAGCCGGAUGCUUAAGUAUCAAGCACUGCUGCUAGAGCAGGAUGACGUUACUUUGAAAACCACUUCUGUCGUUAACCCGGCUAUGUUUUUGUCUCCCACGUUAAUUGACGGUAUGCCUGAACAUGACUGCUUACAAACAAUUGAAGAAGUCCAUUCUAGUCGACCAGAUUUGAAGGACAGGCCCCUAGAAGAUCCAGAUUGGGAACUCUUCACAGAUGGGAGUAGCUUUGUGAAAAAUGGUAAAAGAAUGACUGGUUAUGCUGUGACCACACAGGACAAGGUGAUUGAGGCCAAGGCCCUGCCGGCAGAUGUAUCAUCGCAGAAGGCUGAAUUGAUUGCGCUGACGAGGGCCUUAGACUUGAGUGAAGGAAUGAAGCUAAAUAUAUGGACUGAUUCUAGAUACGCGUUCAGUGUUGUCCAUGCCCACGGAGCCAUCUGGAAGGAGAGAGGACUUCUGAACGCUCAAGGCAAUCCAAUUAAACAUGCUCAACAAAUACUUGCUCUUUUAGAGAGCAUUAAAAAACCCACAGGAGUAGCUAUUAUGCACUGUAAAGGUCACCAAAAAGGGAAAACUGUUCCAGAAUUGGGAAACUGCUUUGCUGAUAAAGUGGCAAGAGGAAUUGCAGAAAAAGGUAUCCUAGCAGUAAUUCCACAAAAAGAAAUUGAUUUAUCUGAGUUUACCCCAAAAUAUGAUCAAGCUGAUCAUAAACUAAUUAAGUUCCUUAAGGCUAAGAUCACAGAGAGUGGAUGGGCUGUUACACCAGCAAAUCAGGUUGUAGUAUCAUCCUUGAUCCUUCGGGAACUAGCCCAGAGAGAACAUGAAAACACACAUUUUGGAGUUGAGAAUCUUCUAAAACAUUUAAAAAAGGUAGUGAUAGGGAAGGGAAUGGCUGACAUUGCACAAUCAGUAGUGAGUAAAUGUGAAAUUUGUUGUAAAAACAAUCCUGACACGAGGAAAAGAGUGGUGAUAGGAGUAACAAAGGCAGGGGAUCUUCCUGGGGAUUACUGGCAAAUAGAUUUUGCGGAGUUACCACGUAAAGAGGGAUACCGAUACUUGCUGGUACUAGUAGACACUUUCAGUGGAUGGCCGGAAGCUUACCCCUGUCGCACCAAUAUGGCUAGGGAAGUAACAAAAGUCUUGCUUAACCAUAUCAUUCCAAGGUUCGGGGUUCCCUUGGGAAUGUCAUCAGAUAGGGGACCACACUUCGUUGCAAAGGUGAUUAAAGAGAUCAGUCAAAUCUUGGGAAUUGCCUGGGACUUGCACACAUCAUAUAGACCCCAAGCGAGCGGUAAAGUUGAACGUAUGAAUGGGACUCUUAAGACACAAAUUAGAAAAAUUUGUCAAGAGACAUCUAUGACAUGGGUCCAAGCGCUGCCUAUAGCCUUAUUAAGAAUUCGCAUCCAACCCAGGCGAAGGGAUAACAUCAGUCCCUAUGAAAUAUUGUACGGGAGACCCUAUCAAAUCCCACAUAUCCCAGGUGAGAUUCAUAUGAAAGGGAAACUUGAUUUACAAAGAUAUUUAAUGGCUCUUAGUUCUACUUUGCAGAAGCUUCAAACCUAUGUCGUGUUAUCUAGACCCAUAGGAUUGGAUACACCCGUACAUCCUUUCCAACCUGGAGAUUGGGUGUAUGUUAAGUGGUGGGACAGUGAUCCUUUCCAAGCAAGAUGGAAGGGACCAUUUCAAGUCCUGCUGACCACCUUCACCGCAGUAAAAGUCGCUGGCCAAGGACCAUGGAUCCACUACUCCAGAAUUAAGGAGGCUUCCGCCCCUGAGACAAUUGCAACAACAAAGACUGAUGCAAAUGAUAAUACGUUGUAAAUGAAUUCUUUUCUAUGUUUAAGUACUGUUUUCUUUACAUUUCCGACUGGGUAAGACAUAAUUUUGUUAGAUACUCUUACUGUUAGAUAUAUAUUUUCCGCUAGAUACUGGUUGCUAUAUAGGUAGAGACUCGACAAGGUAGAGGCCUUGUCAAGCCUCUAAAAGGGGGGAAACUGAUGCCUUAGGGCUGGGUUUUUUCUGUUUGUCUGAUAGCACUGAGUGGUGCUAGGAUCUUCACAGUGUGAUGGGGGUAGGGCGGCCUGUUUCAAGGACAUUGUCUCUAAGCUCCAGGCCCGAGUAUAAACAACCUGGAAGAGAAGGGCAAGUCGAGAGGGGGGUGUUUGGUGAUUCGGGGUUAUUGAUUGGACGGUGCAUUGCUAUAUGCAAAUGAAUGGAAACUUGUAAAAGGGGUAAGACCUGGGGACAAGCCCCUUUUCGUCUCCAUCUUGGGAAUAUUCGGGUUGGGCCACCUCUGUGGGUCCGGAGACGCAAGGGCAUGGGCUUGAAUAAACACUCAUUUUGUUCCUUUCA